GAGUAACCAGUCCGUUUCAUACCGCGAUCAACAAAGUUUGCAACUGUAUUUUCUGCAAGCAAAGAACGACUGCAUCAAGCAUCAUCAUUAUUUUAGAACUUGAAGGUUUUGCCUUUGAAAAGGAGAACGGAAACUAACCAGAGUGAGAUACCAACUGUAUCGUUUUUCCAAAGAUUCCCGAACAAUGGACAGCAAUUUGGUGGAAAUAUUCAAGGAAGACAAGUGCCUCUCUGCCGUUUCCGAGGAGUGUUUCUCUAAUUCCACUUGGCAGCCCAGUUAUCCUGACAUAUAUAAUUUCACACCCAAUGGAAGUUGGGCGAACGAACCCAUGUCACCCAUCAUUCCCAUCAUCACUGCAGUUUAUUCCGUGGUGUUUGUGGUGGGGUUAGUGGGCAACUGCCUUGUCAUGUAUGUUAUCAUCAGAUACACAAAGAUGAAGACUGCCACCAAUAUCUACAUCUUCAAUCUUGCUUUGGCAGAUGCUCUGGUCACCACCACCAUGCCUUUCCAGAGCACAGAUUACUUGCUCAAUUCAUGGCCUUUCGGAGAGGUGGUUUGCAAGGUGUUCAUCUCCAUCGAUUACUACAACAUGUUUACCAGCAUCUUCACGCUGACCAUGAUGAGUGUCGACCGCUACAUUGCAGUCUGCCACCCCGUCAAGGCUCUCGAUUUCCGCACUCCUAUAAAAGCCAAGAUUAUUAAUGUCUGUAUCUGGAUUCUAUCUUCUGCCGCUGGUAUACCAGCUUUGAUCCUUGGAAGCACUCAGACUAACAAUGGCACCACAGAAUGUGCCUUGCAGUUCCCAGACCCCUACAUCUACUGGGACACCCUGAUGAAGAUCUGUGUGUUCAUUUUCGCCUUCAUCGUGCCCGUCCUCAUCAUCACGGUGUGCUACACUCUGAUGAUCUUGCGACUGAAGAGUGUCCGGCUGCUCUCGGGCUCCAGGGAGAAGGACCGCAACCUGCGCCGUAUCACCAAGCUGGUCCUGGUGGUGGUGGCCGUCUUCGUGGUGUGCUGGACCCCCAUACAUAUUUUCAUUCUGGUCAAGGCCCUCACGGAUGUCCCUGAGACCACCGCCGUCAUGGGAGCCUACUUCUUCUGUGUGGCCCUGGGCUACACCAACAGCAGCCUCAACCCCAUCCUCUACGCUUUCCUGGAUGAGAACUUUAAAAGGUGCUUCAAGGACUUUUGCCUCCCUUCAAAGCUAAAGGCAGACAGACAGGGCACCAGCAGAGCCAGGAGUACCAUUCGUGAGCCUGCCCAUCCACAAGGGAAUCCCGACGGAACUAGCAAGCCAGUAUGACUAGCAGUGGAGCUCUCCUCCUUUUCCCCCCAAGGAAGAGAGGAUUCAAAUGACCUUGGCUUAACCCAAGUCACAUCAGCAGUCUGAACAUGACAAGAUGUUGAA